GGGAAAGUGGUCCUCGUCACUGUGGGUGCGAAAGGAAUAGGUCGUAUGAUUUCAGAGGCAUUCAUCACCAAUGAUGCGACAGUCUACAUUUCUGGAAGAGAUGCAAACACCUGCGUCAAAGCUGUAAAGGAUCUCAACUCCCUACAGAAAGGCACCGGUUAUUACAGCGCGGCCGACUUUUCCCACGAGGGAGAUUGCAAGAGAUUAGCAGAGGAGCUAUCCACUCGAGAAAGACGCAUAUUUCCCCUUCUCGUUGUCUAUUAUUCUAAGUCCUUUCAUUUAUGGUCCCCUAUUCUCUCCAUGAAUACCAUUCUUAAAGCUGCUUUUCCAGAGCUGCAUAUUCUCGUCAAUAAUUCUGGGGCGACAUGGGGUGCACCAUACGACGAAUACCCAUCCGCUGCAUGGACAAAACUCCUGACCCUCAAUGUCCACCGCGUGUUCACCAUCACCCAGCUCCUGACACCGUUACUCGAACGAGCCACCACAGCCAGUGACCCUGCCCGCAUUAUAAACAUCGGAAGCAUCAAUGGGCUUCCGGUGCCUGCCCGAGAGACAUUCGCCUACAGCGCCAGCAAGGCAGGAUUGCACCACCUGAGCCGGGCUUUAGCAAACCACCUAGGACGCCCGCGGAAUCACGUCGAAUACGGUGGGGUGUGGGCCGUUCCGCACCAAUAUGAUGGCGGCGACGAUCGAUAA